AUGGCAGAUUUCAACGAUAACUUCUUCAUCCAGUCGGUCUUGAACAGCAUCGAUGACUUGAACCAGAUUGACCGUGUUGUUGCUGCAGAAUUAGGACUUCCUCCUUUCCCGUCUUUCGAAGACUUACUUCGCCGUGGAUGGCGUCCCUCCUCGGCUCAUUCUAAUCCUGCUCCUGCCACAAGCAGCGUGGGUGUUCCACAAAGACAGUCGAAUGGACCGAACAGCGAUCAACAGAAUGGCAGCCAGAGUGCUGCGGUUGCUCAGAGAGGGCCACCUGCAAUAAGAGCGGUACAUCCUCGUCUCUGCCCUCGUCCUCUUGCUCCUUCCCAUCGACCUUCGCUGGCUCACGCCAAUAGCACUCCAGCUCAGCAAGGUGUGAUCGGAAGGGCAAGAGCCACCAAGAGAAAGAGCCCAGAUGACGAGGAGGAGGACAUCCCGGCCAAUGGAGGCGAACCAGCUGGAAAGAGACAGAGUCUUGGAGGGGCCAAAUUGGUCGGCACCACAAAAGAGUUACCAGGGUUCCCUGCAAGCAAGGAACCGUUGCCAACAGACUGGACUCUGGAGCUCGUCGUCACCAAAUAUCCCAACCACACCUUGCUCCCAUCGGUGUUGGAUGCAUUUACCCAGUACUUCUGGACUGGGAAUGACAUAUACAAGAGGUUCUCUCCAGAGAUCACCCAGGAGUGGAACAAAGUGUUCCCAAACCAACCUGGCAACGCUCUUCACAAGAGGCUCAUCGGUCGGUGGAAGAAGAUGGGGAGUGCGGCGUUGCGAGACUUGAUCAACGCUCCCAAGAUUGUUCCUUGCUUCGCCAUUGGCGAGCCGUACUUUGGCAAGAGCAAUCCAGGAAAUCUGGAUCUCAAUCCCAGGGCACCUCGAAAGCCGGUCAAGAAUGAGUGA